UAUUUUGUUUGGUUGAAGGCAACCCGCGAGUUCUGUAAACGCUAGCAAGUCAUGAGCCCGGCUACUUUUAGUGCAGUGUGGUACCACCAGCUAGCUAGUACGUACUUGCAUGUAUAGCCAGCAUAUGCUAAUAUACCGGUAGAGAAGGGGACAAUAUGCACUUGCAUGCUAAAGUGACCACCAUAUUCCUGCUGGUACUCCUCAUAGACUCAUACUAGUACGUACUCCGUGUUGAGUUUGAAUUGAGGUUGAAAUUCGUCGCUGCAACCAUAGUCCUGCUGGAUCGAUCGACCCAUGUACCUCCGAAACCAUAUUCCUCCGCUGGUACUCAUAGUACAUAGAUACCUGUAGUUCAGAGCCUGAAAAAAUUCAUCUCUGCGGGAGCUGUACGUAUAUACCUGUAGUUCAGUCGUCUAGUCCACCACAAAAUUGACCAGAGACCCAAUCUUCUAUCUCUAACCGUAGUGUAGAUACGUGUGUGUCCGGUACCAUUAGGCCGGCGCAAGAAAAUGAUGGAAACUAGACGGAUGGAGGUGGUGGUGGAUGUGUGGAGGGGAGAGUAAUCCUGAAGUGCACUCAAAGAAACAUACUGGCUUUGCAUUCAUGCCCCUAAAAGCUUCACUCUCACAGUUAUAUGCAGGACCUUUUCAUUCCUCUUUUUUCUUCUAUCUUCUUCCAUUCCCACUUGACAUUGCAAUCAGCCUCGAUUGCAAUUGUACUUUGUCCUCAGAAAAAUGGAUCCAGGACAUGAUUGCAGUGCACUUAUAGUGGAUACAUAGACAGAUUUGGUGUGGGCUAUAUAGGCUGCUAGAGCUAGAUUACAAUUUAAAUAGCAGUUCAUAUAUAUGAGCGUGCGCAUUCGUGUCGUCUGCUCUGCUUGCUGUCAAGUUUUGCACGAGUGCAUCUAGCAGUCAUUAUUCUUCUCUAGAUCUCUAGCUAUCUAUAAAGAUCUUCUUGUUUGGUCCACACGCAUACAACAUAUAUACACGAUUGGUCGAUCAGUGGACCAGUUAGCACCAUUGUUGCCCCACUCUGAAGAUCAUCUGUGGCCUCCCCACGUUGCAUCUACUAGUACGUUGAAAAGGUUGUGCGCUUGAUUUCAGUUCAGAAGACAUCGAGCUUGCUUGCUAAGGUACAUGCUAGCUAUGGAGCAGCACCAUGAGGAGGAGUCGUGUGUUCCCCCUGGGUUCAGGUUCCACCCCACUGAGGAGGAGCUGGUGGGGUACUACCUCGCCAGGAAGGUGGCCGCCCAAAAGAUCGACCUCGACAUCAUCCAGGAGGUUGAUCUCUACAGGAUCGAGCCAUGGGACCUCCAAGAGAGGUGCGGCGGCGGCAGGGGAGGACCGGGAGCGCGUCAGGUGGCGGCGGAGGACGAGCAGUCGUCGGAGUGGUACUUCUUCAGCUUCAAGGACCGCAAGUAUCCGAGCGGCACCCGCACCAACCGCGCCACGGCGGCCGGGUUCUGGAAGGCCACCGGCCGAGACAAGCCGGUGAUGUCGUCUCGGAGCCGUGGCGUGAUCGGCAUGAGGAAGACGCUCGUCUUCUACAGGGGCCGGGCACCCAACGGUAGGAAGACCGACUGGAUCAUCCACGAGUACCGCCUUCAGACCAGCGAGCAUGCCCCCACACAGGAGGAAGGUUGGGUGGUGUGCAGAGCGUUCCAGAAGCCGGCGCCGAACCAGAGGCCGUCCUACAUCUUCCUGCCGCCAUACGCCGCCGCUCCGGGCCUCGGCGGCUACUACGACACGCGGCCUUGGCUGCACGGCCAAGUCGGCGGCGACCACCAUUUCCUGCAGAGCGCCGCUGGCGCUGCCGGAGCCGGCGCACUCGGGUUUCCCGGCCAGGGCGCCCAGUAUUCCUCUGACGAGCUGCUGGACUCCAAGCAGAGUCUCUUCGGCAACAUCCCACAGCUCAUCGAGAGCCCACCGACGACCACCGCCGUUGCCGGUUGCGGCGACACCGGCUACGGCAUCGGCCAGCAUGGAGAGGUAGCUGCUGGCAUCGACUGGAACUUUCUGGACAGCCUGCUGUCCACGACGCAGCUCCAUGAAUACUCUGCUACGGCUGCCUCACAGCUUCACCUGCAGCAGUGAAGUAGAGUUAGCAGACAUACUGUAGCAGCACCGAUUUCAUUGUAUACAUGAUUUGCUAAUAAUUAGUAUCAUUGGAUAGUAGAUGAUGUCCAUGUGCAUCUGUUGCACUGGACACUUGGUUGUACCUAGAUAGACUAGCUACUCUGUUUCACUUACUGAGUCCAUGUGUCUACUGUAGAUCACUCUGUUCCACUUACUGAAUAUAUGUGUUUCAUUGUAGGCUA